AUGGAGGUUGAUUCCGCUGCUGAGGCAAGCUCUUGGCAGCUGGAGGAGGUGCUGGCUUGGAGCGAGGACGAGACGCUCGAUGUUCGUGAGGAGGAAGUUGCUGGGCUUCCUUCGACGCCGGCAAAGGCGAAGAUACCGAUGGCGAGCCUUCGCCUGCAGGUGGUGCAGGCCUCUGGGGACCAUCUCCAGAUUGAGAACCUAGAGUUUCCCAACCUCGAAGACGAGACCGGCAACUUUGGGGAGAAAACCAUGGACAACGCAGUGGCGAUAUUGAUGGCGAAGACUGGACGCGGCUUCAGCCUGCGUGAAGAGAGAGAACAAAACGAAGCUUUAACGAAAAAGCAGGAGAAGAUUUCCCCCGUGCGAAACAGAUGGGGCUACCUAUGGAUCAAGUGCUGCCAGGGGGGGAAGCCGAGAGGGUUGUGUUGUGAGCCCCGUGCGGUAAGGGUUUACGACGAGUCAAAUGGCGUCCGCAACGCAACCUUCUAUCUCCAACGAGGAUAUGUGCCGUUCAGUGGGAAUGCGGCCGAAUUCUCGGGCUGGGUGACCCUGACGAGAUCCUUGCUGUUUGAGGCUGGCUUGCAUAAGAUUCUGUCUGGUGCGGAGACGGCUCCCAAUCCUCUGGAGGAGGGAGCGACCUCUGCAGCUGCUUUCGCGCACGAGAGAGCCAUCCUCAACUUCCAAGAGAAGAACGGCAAGUUGUACACGCGGUUGCUGCUGGCUACGUCGGACGGCCCGGACGGAUAUUCCAGCCCAGCUUCGCAGGUAGUACAGCAGUACGGACCUGUCGGGGACGAGGAGUAUGGUGACGGACGAGCUGCGUUCGUAGCUCUUGACAAGAAAUACCGUGUCGAAGGUGUCUUUAGCAUGCAACAACAUCAUGACGAGUUUGCCUCCGUCGCGGUCACGGCAGCUGACAAGUUCGAUCCGGCACGUGCGGUCCAACAGUUGCGCCGCAUCUGUGACGGGCUCGGUAAGCUAGGCGACAACAUUGUGAAGGCAAGACAGCGUGCCACCGUUUUUCACGCCAUGCGAAUCCGCGGGAAGUGUCUGACCAUGAUGGUGGUUCAGGCAGCCACGGCCGUGUGUUCAACACUGUCAAGCACGGAGGCGCACGUGGUUUCCGCAAACGCGGUGGACGCGGCGAACGCGGCGGUCGCGGCGGUCGCCGAGGGCGGCAAAACUGCGAAGGGUUCGACCAGCUCGGACGGGAACAACCGCAACAACGGCGGCGGAACCUCCGGAGGAGCCUGCGCGGGAAAUGCGCAGGGCGCACGCGAGAAUGAUCGCGACAGCCAAGCCUCUGGGGGGAAAGGUGCGGGAAUGCACAAGGGGCGUUGCCGGAACGAGGCGGAGGAUGCCAAAGAAAAGGCGCACACCACACAGGACUCCACCACGGAGGCAUGGUUCACGCGGGUCGAGGUGGCCGGCGAUGAGCUUGAAAAAUUCGCCAUCGCUUUCGGUGAUGACGCCCAGGAGUUGAAGGCGCCUGCUGCGGCGCUGCCAGAGGAGCGCGCUGUUGACGAGGACCCGGUCCAGGAUACGCCCGUGGCUUUGCCGGAUCGUCUCUUCAUCUACGACCCGCAGGCACUGCAGGUGCCUGCUGCGGCGCUGCCAGAGAAUCGCGCCGCUGGAGUCGAGCAGGUGCACAAUGCGCCUGUGAUGGCGCUGCCGGAUGGCCUCGUCGUCUGCGACCCGCAGGCACUGCAGGUGCCUGCUGCGGCGCUGCCAGAGAAUCGCGCCGCUGGAGUCGAGCAGGUGCACAAUGCGCCUGUGAUGGCGCUGCCGGAUGGCCUCGUCGUCUGCGACCCGCAGGCACUGCAGGUGCCUGCUGCGGCGCUGCCAGAGAAUCGCGCCGCUGGAGUCGAGCAGGUGCACAAUGCGCCUGUGAUGGCGCUGCCGGAUGGCCUCGUCGUCUGCGACCCGCAGGCACUGCAGGUGCCUGCUGCGGCGCUGCCAGAGAAUCGCGCCGCUGGAGUCGAGCAGGUGCACAAUGCGCCUGUGAUGGCGCUGCCGGAUGGCCUCGUCGUCUGCGACCCGCAGGCACUGCAGGUGCCUGCUGCGGCGCUGCCAGAGAAUCGCGCCGCUGGAGUCGAGCAGGUGCACAAUGCGCCUGUGAUGGCGCUGCCGGAUGGCCUCGUCGUCUGCGACCCGCAGGCACUGCAGGUGCCUGCUGCGGCGCUGCCCGAGGAGCGCGCUGCUGAUGAGGACCCGGUGCCUACUGCGGUACCACCAGCGGAGGGUGUGGCUGGGGAUGGACCAGCGGAACGCCCGGCUGGAUCUACGGAGCUGCCAGCGGAGGGUGCGGCUGGAGAUGGACCAGCGGAGCGCCCGGCUGGAGAUCAGCAGGCCGAGGAUGCGUAUGAGACUACCGAGUUGGUAAGGUACACCAACGUGUUUCAGGUGCCUACUGCGGUACCACCAGCGGAGGGUGUGGCUGGGGAUGGACCAGCGGAACGCCCGGCUGGAUCUACGGAGCUGCCAGCGGAGGGUGCGGCUGGAGAUGGACCAGCGGAGCGCCCGGCUGGAGAUCAGCAGGCCGAGGAUGCGUAUGAGACUACCGAGUUGGUAAGGUACACCAACGUGUUUCAGGUGGACGCUCAAUCUCGCAUGUCCAAACACGUUUUGAAUCCAGUGGACUGCGCCGUUCGUAUCAUCGGGUCGUGUGGCACGUCUAGCGCUACCAAGAAAGGUACCCUGAAGUUCGGGAUUCGCAAUGCUCACGACGAAGUGGUAAAAGUGGCGUUGGACAUUCUGCUGGUUCGAGACCUAGGAGCGAACAUCUUGUCGGUUGGAGCGUUGGCUGAAAAGGGGGUGAAGUGUGAUCUCAUGUCUACCCCUCCGGCGCUCCGCCGCGGCGACCAGACUUCUCUCAUUUCAACCGCUGUGCCUCAAAUGUACGUGAUGAACGUCAUCGUCGACGACCUCAACCUGGACGAUGUAGUCGUGUAUCACACCAAGGUUGACGCUCACCUGUGGCAUCGAAGGAUGGGUCACUGCAAUCCUCGUGCGCUACAGCAGGUGGCUGACAGGGGUUCCACCGGUAUGAGCUUCCAUCGUAAAAUCGAAUCAGGUGACUGCAGUGGCGCCGUGAUGUUUACUGACGACGCUUCGCGCAUGAGGUUCGGCUUCCCCAUCAAGACGAAAGACGAAACGGCGGAGGCCCUCCAAUCGCUUUUCCGGGACGUUGCCGAUGCGCUCGGGCAAAGCAUCGGUACGGUGCACUGCGAUGGCGGAGCAGAGUUCAAGGGCAGGUUCUUGGAGCUGUGCAAGUCGGUUGGAAUUACGGACAACAGCAGCCCCCCCUACGUUCCGAAAGGGAAUGCCAUCGCGGAGCGUGGGUUGGGUACAAUCAUCGGCACUAUGUGCAAGAUGCUCCUGGGGGCGCCGCACCUUCCCGGCGAGCUGUGGGCUGAGGCUUUUCCGACCGCCAUUUAUCUCAAGAAUCGCACAUCGACUGACGUCCUGGGCGGUAAGGCCCCACUCGAGGUAUGGGAGAGUAAGCCGCUCGGGAAAAUGUUACACAUCCACGAGUGGGGUUCGUUGGCGUUUAAGCACGAGGAGACGCGCUUCCGGUCGAGCAAGCUGGCGGCCAGGGCCAAGAAAAUGUACCUGGUCGGCUAUAAUCCCGAGAGUAGGUCGUACAGGCUGUGGGACCCAGCGGAGCCUUUCAAAAUCACCAAAUCUGCCAAGGGCACGACCCGUUUCCUGCGCCGAAUGUGUCAGCCUGGCGCGGUAGGAUCUCGCGAAAGUGAAGAUGAAGACACAACCCCCACAGGGCCGCCGCCGGUGGCUCCGGGACCUCGUCGGAGCGACAGGACCUCCGUGGCGCCGCAGCGGCUGAACCUGUUUACGACGGAGGAGGAUGCGUACGAGAGAAUCGAGCAUGCCCUGGUGACGGGUAGCGACGUCGGCAACAUCGGGAGUGGACGUCCCGGUGAAGUGGACUCGACGGCUACGAGGCAAACGGUGAUGGCUGUCUCGUCGGCUGAGGCGGAGUAUGUUGCAAUGUCCAAGGCCUGCAAGAUGAUCCUCUACUGGCGCCACCUACUCAAGACUAUCAACCUGGAGCAGAAGGAAGCAACGAUAUUGUAUGAAGAUAGUACUGGUGCCAUUUCAACUAGCAAGUCCAACAAAUCGACUCAACAUAACAAACACAUCGAUGUCAACUACCACCACGUUCGUUCCCUAAUCGUUGACAAGGUAGUGGACGUAAAGAAGAUCGGAACUGACUGCCAAUGA